AUUGUUGUUAACCACUUUAUUAAGGUGUACAGUGGAAAAGAUAAUUAUGAGCUUGACGUGGUUACGAGUGCCUACAGUCUCAUCAUUCAGGAAUUAAAUAGGAGGGCAGAAGUUCAGGGUCUGCCUGGGAUAUGUAGUAAGACCCUGUCCUUAAAAAGGGAGGCAACUAUGAGCGUUUCAAAGUUUAUGCACUUGAAUUUCAGACGCCAUCGAAGUAGAAGCAGGGAGAGGAAGAAGUCUCGGUCCAGGAGUAGGGACCGAAAAAAGUCUCGAUCCAGAAGCAGAGACAGGAAGAAGUCAAGAUCUAGAAGCCGGGAUAGAAAACGAAGGAUUAGAACACGUUCCAGAUCCAGAUCCAGACACAGGCAUAGGACUAGAAGCAGGAGCAGAUCAAGAAGUCGAAGUCGAGAUAGAAAGAAGAGAAUUGAAAAACCAAGAAGAUUUAGCAGAAGCCUAAGCCGGACACCUAGUCCACCUCCCUUCAGAGGCAGAAACACAGCAAUGGACGCCCAGGAGGCUUUAGCUAGGAGGUUGGAAAGGGCAAAGAAAUUACAAGAGCAACGAGAAAAGGAAAUGGUUGAAAAGCAAAAACAACAAGAGAUGGCUGCAGGUAACUUAACUAUGAAUUGCAUGGUUGUAAAAAAAAUACGUGAAAAAUCCAGAAAAUUCAAUAGAAAAAAAUCACCUUUAGAGUGUUUUCUUCUCAAAAACCAUUUUGUGACCCUGAGUGGUUACAAACUCCUUCAUUCCCAGCACUUGGGAGAGACAGAGGUAAGAGGAUUUCAGAGUUCAACGAGUGAAGAUGAAGCUGGCUGUAGCUCGGUUGACGAAGAAAGUUACAAGACUUUGAAGCAACAAGAAGAAGUUUUUCGAAAUCUUGAUGCUCAGUAUGAAAUGGCAAGAUCACAAACCCACACUCAAAGAGGAAUGGGCUUGGGUUUCACAUCUUCAAUGCGUGGAAUGGAUACAGUUUGAAAAAUAUCAACUUGGGACUUUAUAGACUUGUUCUGAUGUCAGGUCCUUGUUCACCAAACAGCUAGGAUUCUAGCUUGCAUGGGUGUUGCAUUGACUUUAAUUUAUUGAAAAAUACGAUUUUUUUGUAAAUAUCAGAUCAGUGAUACUGGUGUUAGUGUUGUAAUCAGGUUAAACCCACUUCCAUUAAACUUGACAGGACUAUAGAAGGACAAUAUUUUUUAGUUCAUGAAUUCUACUUUUCAAAUAUAUUAAAGCUUCGGGUGGGAUAAAAUCUCAUGCAUAGAUUUUCUCGUGUCCGCUGUCUUGUGUACUUUUGUACUUAACCUUGUACAGUUAUUUUCAUCUCUUGAAACAUGAAAGAAAUGUUGAGUAGAUGUUCUUUAGAAGAUCUGGCCAUUUGGUACAUAAUCUGCACACAUACGCUGGGCAGUGAUAAUAAAAAUGGUUUUCUCAAAACUGGUGUUAAUUUUAAGUUACCUGGUGUUCUUGUUUGAGUCUGUUGUAUGUAGUGUUGAUGUUACAAUUAAAAAACACUGGCUAUAAA